AUGGAUGACGACGCACCAGUUGACCAGGAAGCGAGUGUCCAUGCAGAGGCAAGCGCACCCACUGGUCACCACGUGAUCGAGAUGGAACCACCGAAUCGAGCAACGAGACAAACGAUCAGAUCUGAAGGUCCGAAUUAUCCCUAUCAUAAGGAGACAAAGAGGCUUUUGUCGCGCUCACAUAGUCACGAUGAUUUAAAAAGCCUAGUGAAAUGGACAAAGAGGCUGAUAAAGCCCGAUUGCCCAUCUUCAGGUACGAAUCUGAGAAAUCGAAACAAGACAAAUAUCACAAUUGUUGAGCACAUGAUAAAUGCGAAGCCAACGUUUACUUCGGUUGACAGUGUGGGGAAGCUGAGAUCAGCUCUAGCUGCUGAAAGCACGGCUUCACAAAGCCACCUUGUAAGCGCUCAACCAAAGCUGAGACUUUACAUCGUGGAAGAUCUCUCAGUAGAUGUUGUAGAACUACUUGGCUCACAGUUCAACGUGGAUCCGAUGUUUUUCAGUACACAAUACGACCGUCCGGGAAGGAUCGCGGAAAAGCACAAAUUCACGAGACAUCUGGAAUCCUCCGAGGGCCUGAGACUCCAAAUCUCGAAGAAGCAUCGCAAAUGGUUCAACAUGGACAACGUCAGGGUAUCUUGGGAAGACGGUGAUGAGAUGGAGUGGAAAUCUAUCAAUGAGCAACAAAAUACUUUCAAUGUACACAGGACUAUGGAUCACUACAUUGCGCCGCAGAGAUUUGGCGGCACUGUCCUAACUUUGACCACUCGAACGACGUUUUGGCUGGACAAAGAUGUAUGUGCAGAAUGGCUCAAAAUGCGUCAGGCUUUCAACAUAAUCCUAGACGAUGUUGAGUCUGUAUUUAAUUACAGUGUCGACCAAGCGGAGAUGCGCACUGUGAUUGAUAUGAAUCUCACAAGUUUAGCCAGGCUGAACCUCCAUCUUCCAAGGUGGAAGAACAUGAUUGUUGCUACCCUGGAGGACGCAUUUCCAGCAGCUGCGCAUCUGAUAUCAUCGACUUCUCACAAGGGUCAGCAUGAGGAGAAUGACCUACUGCUUGGCCAAGUUGUCCCCGACCUAAAACGCAUUUUGCAUCAUCUUGGGGAACUAGAGGCUCGAGCCACUCGAUUGACUGACCGGUGCGUGGCUGAGAUGCAGUUACAAGCCGCUCGCCAGAGCCUUGCUGAGAGUCAUAACCUAGCUCGACUUUCUUGGCUUGCAACAAUUUUCGUUCCGCUCACUUUUCUCUCCGGUCUGUUUAGCAUGAGCCAAGAUAUUGGCUCGUUACAAUAUUGGCACACCGCUCGUCAGCGUUGCAUUGGUGGUGGCCAGAUGGGGACCGAGUAUCGCCUAUAA